UUUCCGUUUUAUGUAUUAUGUGAGUCUGGAGGGUCUUUUAUUUUGAAAAUCCUUCAACAGAUUCUCUCGGUGGCGUUUUGGCGCCAACAUUGAUCCACAAGCAGCAAAAUGAACAGAACCAGAUCAGAUUCUUUGGAAAGUUUGUCUGCAGGCCCAGAGAGGCAGGAGGAUGGGUUUGUCCCGGUGGGUUGAUUCCCACAGUCCAAGCUGCUCUGCAUGAUCAGGUGACCUGAUGAGCCAAUGAAGCUUCAGACUGCAUCACCAUGGAGACCCAGUGUCUCCCUGAGCAUCACUUCAGCGUCUCCAGCAGGAGAAACAGCUCAGGGUCCAUCAGUCGAUAUCCUGAGUUAAAUGUUUAGAAAAGGAAAAUGUUGGUUUUGUGGCCCAUCUGCAUCUUAUUUUGAAGGGAUAUGUAACGGUUACCAUGGUGACCAGAGUCAGACAGCGUGAGGUCAGAGGUCGAGAUGAGAGGAGAUGUGAGUUCUAGGUUUGGUUCACGGUUUAAGGAUCGUUGGCCGAUUUCCCAAACCUCUGUGACCUCAGAGGCGAUAAAAGUCCAACAGGUUCGGUCGGUUUGAGAGUCCAGGAGCAACACGGAACCAGAACCGGUUCUACUGAACGUCCCGGUUCCAGAAGAAGAUCCAGUAAAACCCCAACAUCCCACAGAAUAAUCAACAUGAUGUAGAAGCAAUAGUGACAGUUUGUGGAUCAUAAAAGACAGUGGGAGCAGCCGCUCUAUUCUCCCCUUCACCCCAAGCCACAGUAAAAUUGCCGAGCCUUGACCAGUCCGUGGUGGUAGAAGGGUUGGGGACCACUGAGCUAUAGCGUCAGGUAGUCAGGAUGCACAUCAUUUCAUACUUCUGCAGCUUGAGAGCCCCUUGAGGACUUAGAAAGCUACAGAUAUAGUAUCUGAUAUUGGGGAAAAAAACUUGAAAUGGGACUGGUUUCACAGCCGAACGCAACUGCAGCAGUGAGGGAGUAUUUCAGAUUCAAACCAAAUGACUGAGGAGAACCGCUGAUCCUUUGCGAGCUGGUAUGUCACAUUUAUCAUAAAACAGUAGCAACUAAGAGCAGCAGUACAGCCAAAUUGCACCUAAAGCACGACCGUCCAAAGACGUUUUCCCAGCUGGGGAAUAAAGUACAAUUGGUGGGCUGUCCCAGUCUUCAAAUUCGCAACAGUCCACCAUCAUUGAAGCAAUUAAUCGACAAGCAGUGAACAAAACGGACGACAAAGUGGUGCGUGCUCACAGACACCAUAGUUGGUGUAAUUGGUAAUGAGAUGCUCCCAUUUAAUAUUCCAAAAAUGUUGCAAACAUUUGACAGACAAUCCAAAAUCCCUGGGAAAAUAUAGAAGUAUCACAAACAGAGAUUCCACAACUGUCCAACAGUAUUAAAGAGGACAUACUUAAGGAAAUAAAAGACAUUAUUAUGUGGUAAGUUCAAACAUGACCCCUUAUCUGAUCUUGACCAUUCACUAUGUAGCUGCUGACUGGACAUUUAGAGUCUCUAAACUCUAAAUGUUUAGAGACCAGAUAUGUCCCAGAUAACCAUACUGCUGACGCCCUUGAAGAAAACCUGAAAUCUGCUGUAGCAGAUUGGGGACUGGAUGAGCACAAACUGGGUUGCAUCCCAACAGACAAUGGUGCUAAUAUAGUUGCUGCAAUAAGAAAUCUUGGCUGGCCAUGGCUCAGCUGCUUUGGCCUCCACCUCCACCUUGCUGAUGUUGUCAACCGAUGGGGCACUAAGCAGAAGAAGGUGUUGGAGCAACUCCCAGCUGGAAGACGAGUCCUGGUUCAAGACAGAAAACAUGGCCAUCUCAACCCAACCUGGCACGAUGUUUUGGUGUUGGAGUCCAUCAACGCAGCAAUGAAACCACUGCCUGACUGAGGUCAGAUGUCCUCUCAGGGGAAACGCACGUCUGAUAAGCCUGUGCUGGACCUGAUUAAAGGCGACCUUCUCUCUCAAGGUCAUGACAACAGCACACUGACUGCCAGAAUUACACAAAACACAUCCAAGAUACUGACUGAAAACUACAGCUCACCUGCCAUCCAAGACCACCGUCUUGGAUCUGAGGUACCAUGGCAGCACGGACAAGGCAGGGGCAUUGGAUGGCAUCAAUCAGCUGGUGCAAGAGCAAACUGGACUUAGAACUGUCAGAAGUAAGUGAAGAAGGUGAGGGCUGCAGCAAAGCUGCUAGAGGAAACAAAGGUGACUCUACCGCUGCCCCCCACCCCCUGCAAGAAGAAGAGUCUAAGUUACCUUCUCCAAAACAGAAGAGCUCAACCAACAGGUCAGACCAAGGCUACAUAUCCACAAAGAGAGCAGGCUGAAGAUGCUGUUGGUGUCUCUUGAGACGUGGUGGCAUGACAGCCAUAGGAGAUAUCCUUUGAUGGCAAACUUGGCUCCAAAAUACAUGUGUAUUUGUGCAACAAGCACCAGUUCAGAGGGAAUGUUUAACACAGCUGGAAACAUUGGUCCUCCUGAGAGAUCCUGCCUUGAGCCACACAAACUCAACAUGUUGGAAUCUGUCUGACUAAAGUAGCUACAGAUCUGCUAUAGACUGUUGAGGCCAAUGGUCUUAUUUAGUGUGCUUUUGUCAUUUUGCACUUUUUGUUCAUAAAAAUGAUUUAGAUUUUAUAAUCUGUACUCUUUUGGAUGAAUGUAGUUUUUAUUUAAACUUUGGUUUUAUGUUGUGUUCAGUUUUUAUUCAAGCAUAUUUUUGUUAACAGAGACUGAGAGCCCAUUUUAGGCUGUUUUGUUUAUUUUGUUCACCAGUUCCAGUGCUAAAUGUUCUUUUGAAAAUAAAGCAUAUUUAUCUUUGGCAGGAUGUACUUGUAUUAUUAAGUCAUUAAAAUUACAUCGGAUCAAUAUGGGCCAAUACUAAACCUCACAUAUCUGUAGUGAAAUUGAAAAAAGUGGCUCGUGCAUCAAGUUAGUCACAACAAAGUCAUCUUUGACCUGCCAGUAACCCAUGUGACUUUAUAGCCACAUGACUCCCAGCAUUCAAUCCCUUUUGUUCUCGUGCGAAGGUGUGCAGAGUACAGGUGUGGUUGUACAAAGCUGGUAGCUUUUGUGUUUCACCGGUUUUCUUCUUGUGCUUGCAGCCUUGUUUAUGGUCAGUCUUGUCUUCCAGCACAAGGUACUUUCAGUUAGGUUAGGGUUAAGUGGUUAUGUUUUGUUUUUCUUUAUUCUACAGCAGUAGUUUACUGUUCACUGUGAAUGAUGGCUUAUUUGUGGCUUUUUUGACUUGCCUAAGGCAUUUUCUGCUCGUGCUUGAGUGAGUCCUUUAAUUUGCCUCUAUGAAGAUUGUGCUUAUUGUGAUGAUAUGAUACUUUAUCAUUUAUGAUGCUGCACUUGGCUUCGCUCCAGCCUGAUGACGACUCGUGUUGCUCGUGUGCAUCUCACUGUCGAACAACGCGUGGCCCAACUGUAGCGUCGUGCUAGGUCAGGCUAAAUCAACCGACUGGGCAGGAUCUGCACAGCAAGACCUGUUGCCACGAGGACAGAUGGUGGGCCCAAUGCAGCCUGCUGUGGAGGGACCUUUGAUGGACUGAUACGGGGAGAUUGUCCACAAAGGUGGAUCACCUCACUAAUGAACUGGCCCAAAUGAAGUCUGUCUUCUGGUGUUUUCAGGCAAAUACUGGCUGCAUGGCACUUCCUCCUGAGCAGGAUGGAGUGUCGGCCAAUGGUAACAAUAUUAUUUCAGUGGCAACCUUGGGUACGCAGUUCCUCAAUUACCUUCAAUUACCUUCUGGAGUUAAGCUCCACGAUCUAUGGUUUCUCCCUCGGAGGAGCAAAUAUGGGAACUGCAUGCCUGGCAGCCAUGCAAGAAGCAUCUAGGUUUGACUUGGGGCAAAUGCCAGUUAUGGAACCAGAGAUUGCCAAAAACCUGCUCCCAGUCAGGGGUCCAGACAACGUACUGCUUUUGUGUGGCACUGGUUGGCUGGUGCCCUCCCAGGCAUUCAAGAGGCAAGUUACCCCACAGGUAAUGUUUAAGAUCAGCAGUCAGUUAUUUUACCCCAGGGUCUUCAAGUCAGAAGCCAGCCCCUUGUCCCUAGCUGGGUGAGGAGGACGACUGUCAUCCGCAAGCCUGUGACGGCACAGGCACUGAACCAGGAAAUCUGCACCUCGGUUCCCAUGGACCUCUGUUGGAUCCAGGGGCUUUUAUUCAAAGCAGUUUUUUUUCAGAAGACCACGGGUCUUCUUUUAAUUUCUGAAGGUCUUACCUUUUCACAUGCUGAUCUCACAGAUGCUUAUUUUCAUGUCUCAAUUGCUCUGCCUCACUGGCGCUUUCUUUGUUUUGCUUUCCAAUGGAAGCAUUUGCAGAUUAUGGUUCCUGUAUGGACUUAUGCUGUCUCCCAGGGUGUUCACCCUAUGGGUCACAGUGACCCUCUCCCCAUUUCAGGAGCAAUGAUGAGAGUGAAUGUGGCUUUGGCCCAUCCCCUCCAAGGCUUCCUGGAGCAGCAUCCUUCUACUGAGUGUUCCUUUGGGAUGCUCCAUGAAUCAGACCGGUUGAGGAUGGACUGUCCCAGCUGUAGAAAGAGCACCUGUUCCAAGUGCAGGUCACCUUGGUCUCCUCACCAUCAGGGACUUUCCUGUACAGAGUUCAAGGUGUGGCAACAGCAGACCCAGCAGGACUGGGACAGCUCCAUGUGGGCCUACAAAACCAUCGAGUGUCCUCGUUGUCAGUUCGUCUUCAGCCUGUCUAAAGGAGGGUGUCUUCACUUCACCUGCUCUCAGUGUCGCCAUCAGUUCUGUGGCGGCUGCAGUCAGCGCUUUGCUCUGGGCUCGACUUGCAGCUUCUCCACUCAGUGUGCGUCCAGAGGUCUCCAUGCGCACCACCCCAGGGACUGUCUAUACCACCUGAGAGACUGGAGCGUGACCCGGCUGCACCGGCUGUUGCAGCACUAUAGAGUGUCUCCUUCCUGGUUGGAACCGUCCAAUGGCAGCUUGGCUCAGUGCAGUCAGACAGUGGCGUGUUUCGUGCCAGAACUGCGAGAUGAUAGUGGUAUGACGAAGGAAGAGCCUUGCGGACGGCCGGCUCCGUACGGAGGAUACUGCCAGGCUCACUACAAGGAGCGUCUGGUGGAGCAGAUCAACCAGUGUAGCGCCGACCCGGCCGUCCUCUUCAGUCCUGCAGAAAUGAUCGCAGAGCUGCGGCGAUGGAACAUUGUCGUUCCAAGCAGAAAGCCUGAAGAGCCAGAGCCGCUGUACGCCCAUCGCCUCCGCCUGGUGCUGACUAAUUGCCUUCCUCUCAUGAAGCAGCGAUGCAUUUCAUCAGAGACAUCAGCAGCUGCUCCGCCCACUGCUCCGCCACAGUCAACCCAACCAAUCAGAUGAUGUCUGAUAACUUCAAACAAGUCAAAGGGAACCAAUGAGAGAAGUAUUCCAGUUGCAACAACCUGAGCUAAUUGACGUUUGCCAUGGUUGAUAACAAGGUUAACGAGUUUCCAUCCUCUCAUCAGCCUUUGGUUUAUUUAACUUAUUCUUUCUCUUGGAAAAAAAAAAAAUUUAACUGAAAUUGUUUUAAACAAGAACAAGAAACUUUGUUCUGCUCCUCACGGCUCAAAAUGUAAACAGUUCUUUUAAAAAGGUGAAGCUUAACGAGCGUUAGUGAUAAACAAGGUGAAGCUUAACGAGCGUUAGUGAUUAACGAGGUGAAGCUUAACGAGCGUUAGUGAUUAACGAGGUCAGGGUUCUGGUUCUAGCUGCUCGGUUUUCUUCACUUUAAUAAAAUUUGUCAUUUUCUCUCUC